AUGGCACCUCAAUUAGCAUGGCUAGGCCUAGGCAACAUGGGCAGGGGAAUGUGCAAGAACCUCGUUGAAAAAGGCAACCUGACCAACCCACUGAUCAUCUACAACCGCACGACAUCCCGAGCGCAAUCCCUCUCCACACAGCUGGGCCACUCGAGCGUCGCAAACAGCCCAUCCGAAGCCGCAUCCAAAGCCGACAUCAUCUUCUACUGCCUAGGCGACGACGCCGCGGUCCUGUCGACGCUCGAACAAAUCCUAUCCACCCCCGAAGGCAUUCAAAACAAGAUCCUCGUCGACUGCAGCACCGUGCACCCGGACACGACGGCGCAAGAGAACAAGUUAAUCAAAGAGAAAGGCGGCCGGUUCGUCGGGUGUCCCGUCUUCGGCGCGCCCGCCAUGGCCGACUCGGGUCAAUUGAUCUGCGUUCUGGCCGGCGAGGAUGUCGAUGCUGUGGACAAAGUCAAGCCAUACUGCAAGGGCGUCAUGGGCCGCGAGAACAUCGACUUCUCGGGCCAGGAACCCAGCAAGGCCACUUUGCUCAAAAUCAUUGGAAACACGUUUAUUGUGAGUAUGGUCGAGACCUUGUCCGAGGGUCACGUCAUUGCCGAAAAGUCCGGCCUCGGCGUCGACGAGCUGCACAAGUUCAUUGAGAUCAUGUUCCCGGGCCCGUAUACCGCCUACUCCAACCGUUUGCGCACGGGCGAUUACUACAAACGAGAAGAACCGCUGUUUGCCGUCGAUCUGGCCAGAAAGGACGCUCGCCAUGCCAUGGCUCUGGCCAAGAAAUCUGGCUGCCGCAUGAAAAAUGUCGAGUUGGCCGAUUCCUAUCUCAAAGUCGUCAAGGAAACCCAAGGCCCAAAGGGCGACAUUGCCGGCAUUUACGGUGCGAAGAGGCUCGAAAGCGGCUUGCCUUUUGAGAAUUGA